GAACUACAAAUCCCAGCAAACACUGAAGUGCAUGCAACUUCCUCAAGUACAGAGGCCUAACAAACCUGAAGAGCUGACUCCGUAUAUUUUGAGGGCAAUAUCUGUUUAAGUAUCUUCAGAAUCCAGAAUGGGCCGGCUUGAUGGGAAGGUCAUACUGGUGUCUGCAGCAGCACAAGGGAUUGGUCAAGCCACUGCUAUUGCUUUUGCAAAAGAAGGAGCCAAGGUCAUUGCUACAGACAUCAAUGAGUCAAAGCUGCAGGACCUAGAGAAGUAUUCUGGCAUCCAAAUAUGGGUGCUAGAUGUCACUAAGAAGGAGCAAAUAGAAAAUCUGGCCAAGGAGAUUGAGAGAAUUGAUGUUCUUUGUAAUGUUGCAGGCUUUGUUCAUCAUGGAACCAUUCUGGAGUGCGAAGAGAGUGACUGGGACUUCACAAUGAGCCUCAAUGUUCACAGCAUGUAUCUAAUGAUCAAAACAUUCCUUCCUAAGAUGCUUGCCCAGAAAUCUGGAAACAUUAUCAAUAUGUCUUCUGUGGCAUCCAGCAUUAAAGGAGUUGUAAACAGAUUUGUCUAUAGUACUUCAAAGGCCGCAGUUAUUGGUCUAACAAAGUCUAUAGCUGCUGACUUCAUUGAACAUGGCAUCAGGUGCAACUGCGUAUGUCCUGGAACUGUUGACACUCCAUCUCUACGAGAGAGAAUUUGUGCUAGACCUAACCCAGAUCAGGCAUUGAAAGACUUUCUGGAUAGACAGAAGACUGGUAGGAUGGCUACUGCUGAAGAAGUGGCCCACCUCUUUGUGUAUCUGGCCUCCGAUGAAUCUGCUUACAUGACUGGCAAUGAGCUUAUCAUCGAUGGAGGCUGGAGCUUGUGACUUAUGAAUAUUCCUGCAGACAAGUAUUUGCAAAUGGAAAUUCUUGCCAGAAAAAAAAACAAAUGAAGAAAUUAUCACAGUGUAUUAAUAUUUUUUGCAACAUUUUAAUGACUAAAAUGACUGACCUUCAAAUCCUACCCAGUGCAUAUGCACAGUGAUGCUACCUUUUUCUAAAUUACUUUUUCUGAUUUUUCUUUUGUAUGCUUUACUUAGUAAUUGACCGUUAGAAAUAAAAUGCAUUUCAUUCAA